AUGGAUCAGACGCUGUCUUGGGCUCCUCAUAUUGCUGAAAUGGCGAAACUAUUUCAACAUACCGAGGAAGAAAAACGGCAGAUAGUGAAAAACUUGGAAUGCUCUGAAGAAGGUCUGAAGGAAGAUGUGGAAGCCAUCAUGGAAUGGUUUUAUAAACAGCCGCAUUUGGCUGAUGCUGGAAUAGAUCCGGAUGUUGUAAGAACUUUUCUCUUAAUAAAUAAAGGUUCUAGAGAAAAAGCUAAACGUAGAAUCGAUAAUUUCUACAAAUAUAGAGGAUUGGCACCGGAGUUGAUUCAGAGCAGGAUCCAAGCGUUGUCUAGUGACCAGAAACUUUGGACUACAUUUCGAUAUGCAGCAAUACCUAAACUUUAUCAAAGAAAACGUAUCACUAUAAUCCAGCUUUGCGAACCAAACCCAAGCAUAUUUUUAGCUGAUCAAGUUUUCAGGAAUCUGUACAUGAUGAAUGAUAUAAGAGUUAAAUACGAUUGUUUUCAAGGUGACAUAUGGGUUGUUGAUCUCAAAGAUGGCAAAAUCGGCCAUCUCCUAAGAGUAAAUCCUAUGAUGGCUCAAAGAUCAGCUCAAAUAUUUCAGGACGGACUUGGGUUCAAAGUGCAUGCAAUCCACAUCUUAAACUUCCCGAGUAUAGGACAACAAAUAUUAAGCUUCUUUCGAAAAUUUGUCAAAGCAAAAAUCAUGGACAGGGUUAUGAUUCACAGUAGUGUCGAAGAAUUACACGAAUUUAUACCGAAAGAAUAUCUGCCAAAAGAUUUUGGAGGGGAUAGCUGGAGUAUGCAAGAGUAUACAGAUAUAUGUGAGAAAGAACUGCGAAGUGAAGCAACGAAGCAAUUUUUACUCAAUGCGUGUAAUCAUGUAUCAAAUGAAAAGAAGAGACCAGCUUCCGACUGUAACAACUACGAGUAUAUGUCUGGGACUUUUAAGAAACUAAACAUAGACUAACUAAUAUCGCUCUCAUUGAUCCAAAGAAAAUCUUGGCCUCCGAAACGAGAGCACGCUGAGAGAAAUUUGCAUUGUGAAUUUAACAAGUUCGACUUGUUGCGGUUUAUUCGUUUGAAUCAGCCAAACGU